UAAUCUCCUUCCCUAUACAAAAAUGCUCUCUUGCCUCUUCGCUCUCUCACAAUAUUCACAAAGUUUCCAAUCAUCUCCAGAAAAAAAAAAAUCCUAUCAAAAAUCUACUUUGAGUCUCUGCGUAAAAUAAGGGAAGAGGAGAAGAAGAAGUUGUCUGAUACAUCGAAGAAACCCAUUUCUCAAAUCUUUUAAGGGAUUACAGAGGCUGAUUCGAAGAUGAAUCCGGAGAAAUUUACACACAAGACUAACGAGACGAUUGCUACAGCUCAUGAGUUAGCUGUGAAUGCAGGACAUGCUCAAUUCACUCCCCUGCAUUUGGCUGGUGCUUUGAUCUCUGAUCCCACCGGUAUAUUCACUCAAGCUAUCUCUAGCGCCGGCGGCGAUAACGCAGCUCAAUCUGCUGAAAGGGUGAUCAACCAAGCCUUGAAGAAGCUUCCUUCGCAGACCCCUCCACCUGAUGACAUUCCGGCGAGUUCUAGUCUCAUCAAGGUUAUACGCCGUGCUCAAGCUGCUCAGAAGUCACGCGGUGAUACUCAUUUGGCUGUUGAUCAGUUGAUUAUGGGUAUUCUCGAAGACUCUCAAAUCAGGGAUUUGUUGAACGAAGUCGGUGUUGCUACGGCGAGGGUCAAGUCUGAGGUUGAGAAGCUCCGUGGGAAAGAAGGGAAGAAAGUGGAGAGUGCUUCAGGGGAUACAAAUUUUCAAGCUUUGAAGACUUAUGGAAGAGAUUUGGUUGAGCAGGCUGGGAAGCUUGAUCCUGUCAUUGGUCGUGACGAGGAGAUUAGAAGAGUUGUGCGGAUUCUUUCAAGGAGAACAAAGAACAAUCCUGUGCUUAUUGGAGAACCAGGAGUUGGUAAAACAGCUGUGGUUGAAGGUUUAGCACAAAGGAUUGUGAAAGGAGAUGUGCCCAAUAGUCUUACUGAUGUGAGAUUGAUUUCUUUGGACAUGGGUGCAUUAGUUGCUGGUGCUAAAUACCGAGGAGAGUUUGAAGAAAGAUUGAAAGCUGUUUUGAAAGAAGUUGAGGAAGCUGAAGGCAAAGUGAUUCUCUUUAUUGAUGAGAUCCACUUGGUUCUUGGUGCUGGGAAAACUGAAGGGUCGAUGGAUGCAGCUAAUCUGUUCAAGCCCAUGUUAGCUAGAGGUCAGCUUCGAUGUAUUGGUGCUACAACGCUUGAAGAGUAUCGGAAAUAUGUUGAGAAAGAUGCUGCCUUUGAGAGGAGGUUCCAACAAGUCUAUGUCGCUGAGCCAAGUGUGCCUGACACUAUUAGUAUCCUUAGAGGGCUCAAAGAGAAAUAUGAGGGACACCAUGGUGUGCGAAUCCAAGACAGAGCUCUUAUAAAUGCUGCUCAGCUCUCUGCUCGUUAUAUCACUGGUCGGCAUUUACCUGACAAAGCGAUUGAUUUGGUUGAUGAGGCUUGUGCAAAUGUGAGAGUCCAGCUUGAUAGUCAACCUGAAGAGAUUGAUAAUCUUGAAAGGAAGAGGAUGCAACUGGAAAUUGAACUUCAUGCCUUGGAAAGGGAGAAGGACAAAGCCAGCAAAGCUCGACUUGUGGAGGUGCGGAAAGAGCUUGAUGAUCUGAGAGACAAGCUUCAGCCUCUGACGAUGAAGUACAGAAAGGAGAAAGAGAGAAUUGAUGAGAUUCGAAGGCUAAAACAGAAAAGGGAAGAGCUCAUGUUUUCAUUGCAGGAGGCUGAACGAAGAUAUGAUCUUGCAAGAGCUGCUGAUCUAAGAUAUGGGGCAAUCCAAGAGGUGGAAUCUGCAAUUGCCCAACUUGAAGGAGCUUCUUCUGAUGAGAACGUGAUGCUCACAGAAAACGUAGGGCCUGAACACAUUGCUGAGGUUGUGAGUCGUUGGACAGGGAUUCCAGUGACGAGACUUGGCACAGACGAGAAGGAGAGGUUGAUUGGUCUUUCUGAUAGGCUGCACCAAAGGGUUGUUGGACAAGAUCAAGCGGUCAAUGCUGUUUCUGAGGCAAUAUUGAGGUCACGAGCAGGGCUAGGAAGGCCGCAACAACCAACUGGAUCAUUCUUGUUCCUUGGCCCAACUGGUGUUGGCAAAACUGAGCUUGCUAAGGCUCUUGCUGAGCAACUCUUUGAUGAUGAAAAUCUCUUAGUUCGGAUUGAUAUGUCGGAAUAUAUGGAACAACACUCUGUCUCUCGCCUUAUCGGGGCACCACCUGGGUAUGUUGGUCAUGAGGAAGGUGGACAACUAACAGAGGCUGUUAGGAGGCGACCUUAUUGUGUCAUACUCUUUGAUGAAGUGGAAAAAGCCCAUGUUGCUGUCUUCAACACACUCCUCCAAGUGUUGGAUGAUGGUCGAUUGACAGACGGGCAAGGGAGGACGGUCGAUUUCAGGAACUCUGUGAUAAUCAUGACAUCAAACCUUGGCGCAGAACACCUCCUUUCAGGGCUAACAGGGAAAGUAUCAAUGGAUGUGGCUAGGGAAUGUGUGAUGCGGGAGGUAAGGAAACACUUCAGACCGGAGCUCUUGAACAGGCUUGACGAGAUUGUGGUGUUCGAUCCCCUCUCACAUGAUCAGUUGAGGAAAGUGGCCCGGCUUCAGAUGAAAGAUGUUGCUGUCCGGCUUGCUGAAAGAGGAGUUGCUUUGGCAGUCACUGACGCUGCUUUGGACUACAUUUUGGCUGAGAGUUAUGACCCGGUGUAUGGGGCUAGACCUAUAAGGAGAUGGAUGGAGAAGAAGGUGGUGACAGAGCUGUCAAAGAUGGUCGUGCGUGAAGAAAUUGAUGAGAACUCCACUGUUUACAUAGAUGCAGGAGAUGGUGGUUCUGACCUUGUGUACCGGGUAGAAAGUGGAGGUCUAGUGGACGCUUCAACAGGGAAGAAGUCGGAUGUGCUAAUUCAUAUUGCUAAUGGGACAAAGAGAAGUGAUGCAGCUCAGGCAGUGAAGAAGAUGAGGAUUGAGGAAAUAGAAGAUGACGACGAGGAGAUGGUUGAGGAUUAGAAGUCUUGACCUUUAGAGUCUCCAACGUUUAAGUGUGUGUUUUGAUGUGUUAUGACUUGAGCUUUCACAGUCCGAAGAGAAUGCUCUGUUUUGGUUUUGGUUUUGGUUCUUUUGGUAACAAUAAUGGUGUGGAAUUGUAAAAAGUCUUACUUCUUUCUUAUUAUGUUCUCGUAAUGUAAAACAAUCUAUUACAUAAAUCCAUUACACCCAUAAUCUUUUGGGCUUUGAUA